AGAGCUCAGUGCGAACUGUCAAGCUGUGCUCCAAAUACGAUGCCACGGACAGGGAGCAAGCAUACAGGACUUUCUGAGAUAAUCUUUUUGCACUCUGAGAUUUAGCAGCAAGAGGUAUUCCCUUUAUAAAAGUACGAAGGGAAGUAAAGAACGCCCCAAUUACUGACAACGACGUCGUGGUUUUGAACUGAACUGAGGCAACAACUUCACUGAGACAACUUCGCACGCUUCAUCAAAUUGUACUGCUCUGCGAGUGAUCUUGCCAUGGCAUCGGUUCUUGGUAACAACACCCGCGCAUCCGGAACACCAAACAGCCAAGUGAAAUGCAAGUUCAAACGGAGAAGGAGGCGGAGAUCGAAAAGAAAAGAGCGAGUUGGCAGCAUGCUGUCAGCAUUGAUCGCUCCCUUCAAGUACAUGAGCCCUGGGACUACCAGCACGGAGGACGAGGACAGUUUAAGCACAAGCAGUGCUGAAGUCAAGGAGAACCGUAAUGUGGGCAAUCUGGAGGAUCGUGUCAUUGGUUCCUCUGAGCGCCAGUCCUCACUGUUCCAGACGGAGCGCCGGCCCUCCCGCAGUGGCGCCUCUGGGCUGAAGAGGAAACGUCCCCUGGAGGAGGAAAACCACGGCCGCCUGUGUCGCCCGCGGCCCGUCUACCCCCGCAGAGCCGCGUGCCCGUGGUCAGACGCCCCCAAGAACGCGCUGGUCCAGCUGAACGAGCUGCGGCCGGGCCUGCAGUACAGGCUGGUGUCGCAGACGGGCCCCGUGCAUGCGCCGCUUUUCACCAUUGCCGUGGAGGUCAACGGCCUGAGUUUCGAGGGCACCGGACCCACCAAGAAGAAGGCCAAGAUGCGGGCGGCCGAGCUGGCCCUGCGCUCCUUCGUCCAGUUCCCCAACGCCCCCCAGGCCCACUCCGCAAUGGGCGCCCUAAGUAGCCCGCCCACAGACUUUACCUCUGACCAGACGCCGGACUGUCCCGACCCUCUUUUCAGAGGGUUUGAGCCGACGGCGACUCCCAUCACCUCAACCUCAUCUUCCUCCUCGUCCAGUCACGGUGGGGUGACCGGCGACGGCCUCGCGCUGUGUCGGUCGGUAGCUGAGAGCGAGCUGCUCUCGGGGGCCCUGCAGAGGCACGGUCGGCUGCUCCGGCACACGCUGGACCUCAUGGCUCAGGCGCGGCAGCGCUUCGGCCCGUGCCGCUCCCCCAUCGCCGCUGACCCCCAGAAGAGCCCGGUGACACUGCUCGGGGAGCUGAGGCCGGGCCUGCGCUACGCCUGCCUCGCCGAGCGGACAGAGAUGCCCGUGUCGUCGUCGCAGCGGGGUCGCGUGCGCAACAGCGCCAGCGGCGGCAGCUUCAUCAUGGCGCUGCGUGUGGACGGCCGCGUUUUCGAGGGCUGCGGGCGCAGCAAGAAGCUGGCCAAGAACCAGGCGGCGCGCUGUGCCCUGCAGGCACUCUUCAACAUCAGGCUGGCACCUGAGGGGAGAGCAGGCAUCCAGCCCAGCAGGAAUAAGUGCCCUCAUUUGCCCCAGGACUUUGCAGACGCAAUAUUCCACUUGGUGAGAGAGAAAUACUGGGAGCUGGCAGGCUGCUCCUCCCCCAUGCAUGCACGUCACAAAGCCCUGGCAGGCAUCGUAAUGACCAGAGGUUUGGACCUCCGACAGGCACAAGUGGUGGCAUUAUCAACUGGCACUAAAUGCAUCAAUGGGGAGUAUAUCAGUGACCAGGGCCUUGUGGUCAACGACUGCCACGCAGAAAUCAUCGUCCGCCGGGCUCUUAUCCGCUUCCUCUACUCUCAGCUGGAGCUGCAUGACAGCCAAAGGAGAGAAGACUGGGAACAGUCAAUCUUUGUGCGGCACAAGCAGGCUGGGUACCGUCUGAAGGAGAACAUCCACUUCCACAUGUACAUCAGCACCUCACCCUGCGGGGAUGCCAGGAUCAACUCACCUUACGAGAGCAGCAGUGAGCUGCCCGGUGGGCGACCCCUGAUGAAGCGGCUCCACAUGCACCUGCGGACCAAGAUCGAGGCCGGCGAGGGGACGCUGCCGGUGAGGUCGCAGGCGCCCGUGCAGACGUGGGACGGCGUGCUGCAGGGGGAGAGGCUCAUCACCAUGUCCUGCACUGACAAGAUCACCAGGUGGAACGUGUUGGGCCUGCAGGGGGCGUUGCUGAGCCACCUGCUGGAGCCGGUCUACCUGCACAGCCUGACGGUGGGGAGCCUGCGGCACACGGGCCAUUUCACCCGCGUGCUGAGUCAGAGGCUGGAGCGUCUGGGGGCCCUGCCCACACCCUACUGCCGCAACCAGCCCCUCCUCAGCGGCCUGAGCAGCAGCGAGUGCCGGCAGCCGGGGAAGUCUCCGUGCUUCAGCGUGAACUGGACGGCGGGGGACAGCCAGCUGGAGGUGCUCAGCGCAUCCACGGGGAAGAGGAAGGACUCGGGGACACCGUCGCGGCUCUGCAAGCACGCGUUCUUUACUCGCUGGGCCCGGCUGUGCCGGAGGUUAAAUGUCCACACGCCGCCGGCCGGAGGUCAGGGCGACUCGGCCGAGCUGCUGUACUGCGAGGCCAAGCAGGCGGCCGGCCGCUACCAGACUGUGAAGCAGCAGUGGCUCCGCUCGCUGCAGGACAUGGGUCUGGGCACCUGGGUGAGGAAGCCACCCGAGCAGGAACACUUCCUGCCCGGCGUGUGAGUCCAGUGGACGGGUGGCGUGCGGGCGGGCAGCAUGUGGGCAGUGAGGGUCAAGGGUCAGUUGUACGAGACGUCAACCCUCACGCUUCCCACGCACCUCCUGCAGGCCUGUUUGAGUGAUCCGCCUCUGUGAGCAGCAAACCCUGGUCUUACCAAACAAAGAUGGAGAAGAAUUCGGAUACUAACACGGGACAGAUGUUAGGUCUUGCCGAGUUGUGAUGCUCUACGUCCUGGAUAAGGACACAUCACUCCCAGUGUCUCCCCUGCACCACCACGUCCCUCAGUCUUACCUUUGCCUUUUGUAGACCAUGUGUUAACCUUCACCUAAGUGAAAGGCAGCCGCCAUCUUGUCAUCAGCUAUUGCCUGACGUACAGCCCCCAUAGAGUGUUGGGCACAAUGUCCAAUUAAAGCGCCUGUCUGUCUGUAUGACGCUAGACAGGGAAAGACAGCAUGCAACUCUAGCACAGAACCACUUCAAUCUCUCUCUCUCUCUCUCUCUCACACACACACACACACACACACACACACACACACACACACACACACACAAACAUUCUCUCUCUCUCCCUCUCUUUAGAAAAAUAACACAACAGGCUUAGGGUUUGACAUUCUAAGGGAAGGUUAUGUCAGCCCUUUCACUCUGGAGCUGUGCUGGGUCUGAAACAUCCAGAAACACGGGAAGGCAGUGAUGACUAGGUAUCCUAAAUGGUGUUGUAGAGACUGUGACACAGAGCCUUUUUGAUAGUACAAUACAGAGCUUUAAUAACACCUUUCCCCCUCAUUCUGUCGGCCAUUGUUACCCUUUGGUUACCUUCAGUGCUGACUUUUAUUAUUAUUUUUCUCUACUUGCGGUUCUAGUUCAAUCCUUCUACACUUAGUGCAGGGCUAGAGAGGUACUGACUACAGAGAGUGAAAGCAUGACGGCGUUGGGGGAUAAGGCAAGUAAAAUAAAGAAGGCACAGAGUCCAGCCAAGGUUCAAACAGCAGUCUGGCGUGUCAAUGUAGUCCAAUCCAGCCCAGUGUGCCCUUCUAAUGGGAACAUAACCACAAGUCCAAGAAUUUAUAAUUGAAUGGCUGUCAUUUAGUGUGCUAUCUUUCCACUCCUUUGUUUGGCUAUUGCCUUUCCCUUUGUGUUUAACAGAAAGGGCUAAUAUGUUUACGGAUUGUCAGAAGCCCUAGAUAUCUUAGUGUAGGCUCCAUAUUACAUUUUCUUUAGUACAUAUGAUUACAUACAUGAGAAUAGAAGUAAUCUAUAUUGUUUAUUUAGUAACAUGUGACCUCAAUCAUAUUAUUUGUGAGUUACUUUGUUGAAUCCUCUCCUGCAUUAACAUAGCACAAGAUAUGCUCCAACAGGGACCCCUAGUGGCGACAUACAUAGUAUCCAAACUCACCCAUGUCUCCUCCACAAUAUGAUUGACACUUAAAAGCUUCAGUCCUAUUUGUGUUUUCAUUCAUUCAUGUGUUCAUAAUUGUGUUAUUUCAGUAUUUCAGCUGUUUUUUUUCUGUAACAUGUUUAAAGAUCUUUUGAAAAAACGUUGUGUAGCCACUGUCACAAAGGACAUUGUGUGAUGACCAAUCUUUUAGGGAGCAAUUCUUGGGUCAGAUUUAAUGUGUAAAGUACCAUAUCUAUUUCCCCCAUAAUUUGUAGUAUUCAUUUCUAUUAUUAUUAUCACCCUUAAUAUCAUAUUAUAUAAACAUACCCAUUUUCCCAUGUUAUUCUAUUUUCCCCAUGUUAUUCAACUCUCAAUCUAUGUUGUGCCACACAUGUUGUGUGAAUUCACCUUUACCACAGUCUUGUCUGUAAGGAGUAAGAUUUGUUGUACUAUUUCACAGAGGUCACAAAUUCAUUGGAACAAGCACCAUGCAGACCAAUUUAGGUAUCUAUAUGGAUAGGCCUUUUUAGUCAUGGCAUGAUUGAAUGGCAAUAUUGUAAUAUUUACUGUACAUUUUGUAAUAUAAAUAAAUUGUAAAAAAGAUAGUAAAAUCAAAUUAUACGUCAAAGUAAGUUGUACAUUUUAACACAAGAAAAUGUGCUGCUAAGGUCUGUACAUUGCACCUCAGUAAUACC